GCACGUUCUGUCGCAUUAACAGGCAGCUACAUUACUUCAAACUUCUUGGAUACAGGAGCCACAUUGAACAUGCUUCCUACGGUAGCAGAGCUGGUCGCUCAUUUCCUGAGGUCUAAUGGGUAUACAGAGACGCUGGCAGCGUUCAUCGAUGAGGCGGGACUCCCGGUAGAUACAGGGAGCGGAAAUCCUGACUUCACCAUUGAGCAGAUACUGCAGGAGAAGAAGACAUUCGACACAAGUUUAAAUUUCGAGAGACUAGGGCUAGAAGACCACGAUCGGAAAUGGCGGAGUAUUGCACCGUCAAGACCAAUCGUCGUUGAACCUUCGCCGCGGAGCAAUAUCCUCAGUGUUUCUCCAAUCAGCUUAGCCCUGCCUUCCCAGCCUCAGGUGCAGACAUACCUGGCUGCAACAACCGCUGAUAGGCGCUUGCACUUGAUCGACCCCGGCUCUUCUUCCUACAGUGUGGUUCGGUCCUACUCUACUUUCCAGGAUUCACCUAUACUAGACCUGACUGUCAUUCACAGCCGAUUUCUGCUAGCGGCUUCCAUGUCAGGCAAACUGCUCCUCUUCGAUACGAAGACCGAGCAAAUCCUUGACCAGAGGAAAGAUCACGGCAAAUAUGUUGUGAAAAUAGCUACUUGGUCGAUGGACUCCGAUACUAUUGUGGCAUCCGCGGGAUGGGACGCUAAGGUGUUCCUGUACAGGAUCAGUACCGACAGUGCGGAACUUCGACUCGGGGAGCCCGUGGCAACAAUCUCACUUUCCACUGUCCCCGAAACUCUAUUGUUCAUUCGGUCUCCUGAAACGUCGCGCCCUAUAUUGCUACUCACCUGCAGGGAUUCUACGUUUGUCUAUUACUAUGCGAUGAAGGCGGAGGGAGACCAUGAGUCCGCCAUCUCGCUUAUUGGCAAGCAAAACUUAUCUCCACAUUCAAAUGCGUGGGUUGCGUUUUCACCGGCAGAUCUACAGGUCAAUCCGGUUGAUCCGUCGGUCGUUGCUGUUGCAACUUCCUCGACUCCGCACAUGAAGUUGCUGAUCGUAAAGUUGCUUCUACCACCAGAAGUGGAGGCGUCGUCGGACGGGCCCGAGAGUGCGCUCUCACAGCCGGUCACACAAGCUUCGCAAGCUCGCGCUGAUCGUCUUCUUCAAGCAAGAGAGGAGGCGGCCAUUCUAGUCAACGUGAGUACCAUGGCUCCACAGACAGCCUAUUCCACGCCGCGACUAGUUUGGCGGCCCGACGGCUCCGGCAUCUACGUUAGUUCCGACGAUGGCAUUGUACGCGGAUUCGAAGCGGCCACUGGUCGAUUGACGGCAUCUCUCAGUGCUCACGAGCCUGGGUCCAAGAUUCGAUGUCUCUGUGCCGGAGAGGCAAUUUUUGAAAAUGGCGACAAGCAGGGAGAGGAGUUCCUGUUGACUGGCGGUUUUGAUCAAAAGCUCGUUCUCUGGAGAACUGGUUGAAGUGUAUGUCGGCCCGAAUCAUUCAAGACCACUCUACUAUGAUGGCGCCUUUCAAUUGCAUACAUAAACAUGUAGUCAAGCAAAGAGCAAAAAGCUCAGUACUAGCCAGAUAUGCACGGUCGCCGACAACCUCAACGUCUCGACAAAUGACUAACAGUAUCUCAUCCUACUCUUACGGAUUUAUCGGCAAUCAGAUCAAGGUACUAUCUAGAAGCA